AUGAAUGCUAACGUUUUCGGGGCAGCAUUCUUAGUUUUCAUCCCUUCUAUCCUUCUUAGUUACUCUCGAAUCACUUUCUCCCACGGCGCCAAUCCUGGAAGUGAAACAGAUAAACUAGCUUUGCUCGCUUUCAAAAGUCAGGUUACCUAUGAUCCCUUUGGAGAAUUGAGUACCUGGAAUGAUUCUCUUGGGUUUUGCCAGUGGCAUGGCAUCACUUGCAGCCUUCGACACCGAAGGGUCACAGCUCUGAAUCUCCCCGACCAAAAUUUGACAGGUACCAUUUCUUCAUACAUAGGAAACUUGACAUUCCUCAGAAUUAUAAAUCUUCAAAACAACCAUUUCUACGGUGACAUACCACAUGAAAUGGGCCGUCUGUUUCGGUUGCGAGCCAUGGUGUUCAACCGUAACAUGUUUCAGGGAGAGAUUCCCAUUAAUCUCACUCGUUGUUCAGAACUCAGGACUCUUGACUUAGUCAUGAAUAAGCUGGAAGGGACAAUUCCUGCUGAACUAGGCACUUUGUUUAAAUUAACUGGACUUGGGCUUGCCGUCAACAAUCUGACUGGAUCCAUCCCUCAGUCACUUUCAAACCUUUUGUUUCUAGAGAAGCUUUCUCUAUCAGAAAACAGUCUCAGCGGCGAUAUCCCUGUUGGGCUUGGCCAAUUGAAGAGGCUGAACAUGUUCCAAAUUUCAGUAAAUAACUUCCUAACAGGUUCAAUUCCCUCCCAGCUCUUUAAUAUCUCUUCUAUGGAGUACUUUGCUGUAACAGGCAACCAACUUGUCGGAGAAAUCCCACCUUACAUUGGACUCACACUUCCUAAUAUCCGUGUACUUCUUUUCGCGGGUAAUAGGUUUACAGGAGCUAUACCUCACACAAUAUCUAAUGCAAGUAAACUUGAACAGCUAGAUUUUUCAAAUAAUCAUUUUACUGGUUCAAUACCUGUAAAUCUGGGAAGAUUGAAAAAUCUGACCUUGCUCAACUUUGCUAGAAAUAACCUUGGAACUGAGGAGGGUGAUGACCUCAGUUUUCUCUCCUCUUUGGUUAACUGUACCCACUUGAAAGUACUCAGCCUGAGCAAAAAUAGUUUGCAUGGGAAAUUGCCGGAUUCCAUUGCUAAUUUCUCAUCUGAACUUACCUAUUUAUUAAUGGGACAAAACCAGAUAUCUGGUAGCAUCCCAACAGGUAUUGAAAAACUCAAAAGUUUGAUCUCAAUAGGCAUGGAGGAGAAUCUUCUCACAGGAAUCAUUCCAAUUACUGUGGGAUAUCUCUCGAAACUACAGAUAUUGUCCAUAUUUGGAAACAGUUUUUCAGGUGAAAUUCCUUCCUCCCUUGGAAAUUUAACUUACUUGUCAGAACUAAGUUUAGAUAACAAUUCCAUACAGGGAAGCAUACCUUCAAGUCUAGGGAACUGCCAACUACUGCAGAAUUUAGGUCUCUCAGGAAACAACCUUUCUGGGGCCAUACCAUUUCAAGUUAUUGGUCUACCUUCCUUAUCAGGAUGGUUGGACUUGUCUCGCAAUCAUUUAACUGGCCCUAUACCUUUGGAAGUAGGUAGCCUGAAAAAUAUACGAAUGCUAGACUUAUCAGAGAAUAAAUUAUCAGGGCAAAUUCCAAGUUCACUUGCAAAUUGUCUUAGCCUGGCGAGCCUAAAUCUGAGAGAGAAUUCCUUUCAAGGACAUAUCCCUCCUAUAAGUUCUUUAAAAGGUCUUGAAGACCUUGAUAUUUCGCAGAAAAACAUUACAGGGAAAAUCCCCAAUUUCUUGGAUACAUUUCUGUUUCUGCAAACGUUAAACCUGUCCUUCAAUAAUCUUGAGGGUGAGGUACCAAAAGAAGGUAUCUUUAAAAAUGCAAGUGCAGUUUCAAUCAUAGGAAAUGGUCAGCUUUGCGGAGGAAUCCCAGAAUUGCAUUUGCAUAGCUGCCCAUCCAUUGGCUACAGGAAAUUAUGGCAACGACUCGCUUUCAAAAUAACAGCUUCCUUGGCUAUUUGCUUGCUUUCAAUAUGCUUUGUGGUAAUAGUCUGUUGGAGGAGAAAAGGAAGAAAAGCGUUGGUUGAUUCUCCUAUGGAGGGUAAGUAUUUGAAGAUUUCUUAUGCAGAGCUCCUGAAAGCAACAGAAAGGUUCUCCUCAGCAAAUUUGAUAGGCAGUGGGGGCUAUGGUUUCGUGUAUAAAGGCAGUCUAGGCCGCGAGGAAACACCUGUUGCAGUGAAGGUACUAGAUCUUCAACAAAGGGGAGCUUCAAAAAGCUUCACUGCUGAAUGUGACGCCUUGAGGUGCAUUCGACAUCGCAAUCUUGUGAAAAUAAUCACUUCUUGCUCAAGUCUAGAUAACAAAGGCAAUGAAUUCAAGGCUUUGGUUUAUGAGUUCAUGCCUAAUGGGAGUUUAGAAGAGUGGUUACAUCAAAAUAAUGAAUUGGAAAAUCCGAGGCCAAAUCUGAAUUUGAUGCAAAGGCUGAGCAUCGCCAUUGAUGUAGCGAAUGCAUUGGAGUAUCUCCACCACCAUUGCCACACACGCAUUGUUCAUUGUGAUCUUAAGCCAAGCAAUGUACUACUUGACAAUGACAUGGUCGCCCAUGUUGGUGAUUUUGGGUUAGCAAGGCUACUUUAUGAUAACCCUCCUCAAGACCCAACCAGCUCAAGUAGGUUAAAGGGCUCCAUCGGUUAUGUCUCUCCAGAGUAUGGAUUAUCUGGUGAGGUUUCAACAUAUGGAGAUGUGUACAGCUUCGGCAUCCUAUUGCUGGAAAUGUUCACUGGAAGGAGACCAACCGAUGACAUGUUCAAGGAAGGCCUUAGUCUACACAGCUUUGUAAAGAUGUCAGCACCAGAUCAAGUUGCUGAUAUCGUGGACUCAACAAUUCUGGAAGAAGCUCUUCAAGUCGAAGAUCGCAGAGGCAUAUUGCAACCAACCUUACAAGGCAAGAUUCACGAGACUCUAGUCUCAUUGUUGAGACUAGGGCUCCAGUGCUCCGCAGAAUUGCCAAGCGAAAGAAAGCAGAUCAAAGAUGUCGCCGUGGAAUUGCAAGAAAUCCAAAAAUUGCUUCUGGCUUUCAGGUUAUAA